CACGACAAGGUCAAAAGACGCUCAUGCAUAAACACGUAGUUUCAAUGUUAUGAUAACAAGUGUUCAUCCACCCGAAUGUUUUGAUCACGUGACGACCUGGUGACGUGGACCGAGGUUGACAUCGUUGUCAUCCCGUCAUUGAAGACUGCGACGACUACGGAGGAGCACGGUGUGAGACAUGGACGGUAUUUUCGGCAUUUAAGCCUCGCUUCCGUUUCUCGAAAUGACGUCACAUCCGGCGGCAUACGACGACGACUAUCACGAGUCCGUAUCAGUUCAAGCCCCUCGAGAAUGGGCAUCAGCUUCCGGUAGAGCACAUCCUUCUUCCGCUGGACCGCUACCAUGGCGAUAUACCCGGGCGCACACCGUACACUCUGGUAGCAGUGCAUGGGGCUUUAGGGAACCGUACCUGCUGAGACGAGAAAACGACGCCGAUGUGACGUCGACACACACCACCAGCUGCCUCCACGACGUCGUCAUUGCCAUCGGCAUCAUCACGCUCCUCUCUAUCAUCGCCCUGGCUUUCAUUGCAACGGUCGGCCUCAAUAACCAGGCGCCUGUCACGUGACACGUGAAGACCAUUCUCCCAUGUAGGGUGUUCUUAAUGCCUGAAUCUACCUGCUCAAUGUGUUCAGUUAUUCGGUGCCUACAUUUUCUGUGUUUCAAAGUAUGCUAACUGGUUGUAUAUGUCUAUAUUGUUCGAUUAAAGCAUUCUCUUUA